AUGACGAACCAUGCGGAGAAUUUUCCGCAUUCGCACGCCCACCUCCCCGCUUCCUCCGCCUCUCCUACACCGCCGCAACAGAUCUCCGCCGAUCAGCUAACUGCGCAAGUGCAAGCGCAGCCGCAAUCGCAACCGCAAGCGCAGGCGCAGGCGGCAUCGACCAUGGAUUUGCGCGUGCGCUUGCUGAACGGCGCGGUGCAGCCCGUGCGCGUGCCACGUGGCAUCACCAUCCACAAGCUGCGCGCUGAGCUGCAAACCCGCGGGCUCAUCCCCCCCAACCUUCCCGCGCGGGACGUGCGCCUUAUCCACGUCCCUUUCUCCGCGGCUCCCCCGGCGGCUGGCCGUUCGGGGGAAGCCGCGGGGGCAUCGGCGGAAGAGAGGCGGACGAGCGGGAAGGAGGUGGCGGAAGCUAGUGGUUACCUGGGGGGGGUUGAGGGAAGUCGGCCAAAGGUCCUUUCCUCGAAGCUUCUAACAGUUGGAGAGUGCGGUGUGGAUAGUGGCGGUGAUCCCACAUUUACCUUCCGAACCGUUACACUCGAAUCAAGCCAUCCCCCUCCCUUUCUCCUCCCUCGUGCGCCAUUCGUCUUCUCCCCCCUUCCCUCCCUCCGCCCCCCUUCCCCCUCCCUUUCCCCCCCUUCCCCCUCCCUUUCCCCCCCUUCCCCCUCCCUUUCCCCCCCUUCCCCCUCCCUUUCCCCCCCUUCCCCCUCCCCCCCCCUUCCCCCUCCCUUCCCCCCCCUUCCCCCUCCCUUCGCCCCCCUUCCCCCUCCCUUCACCCCCCUUCCCCCCCCCUUUCCCCCUCCCUCCCCGCGGUAUGCAGACACUCUUGUUAUCACCCGCAUCCGGGCCCCGACACCGUGCCAGCUGGCAGCUCCUGAUUCAUCCGCAAAGACAGCAGCAGCAGCAGCAGAUGCGAUUCCAACGAGGGAGAGCAUAGACCGGGCCAUUGAAGCAGAGUGUCUGCAGCGGCAGCAGCGGGUGCGGGUGGUGGCAGAUCCGGUGCUGGUGGAUCGCCUGGCAGAGAUGGGAUUCUCACGCCUCAUGGCCCGCCAUGCCCUGCACCUGCACCGUGGCGCUGCUGGUGGUGCUGCUGGUGGUGCUACUGGUGGUGCUGCUGGUGCUGGUGGUGAGGGUGCUGGGGUAGCAUCCGGGGAUAGCGAAGCCUUGCUUGCAGUCGGAUCAGGAGAGGCAGCCGAAAUGGAUCCACCUUCUUCCUCUGCAGCAGUGGCAGCAAGUGGAGGGAUGAUGGGCUCAGGGGUGAGUGGCGAAGCAGGAGUAGCAGCACCAGCAGGAGCAGCAGGAGCAGGAGCAGCGGCGGCAGGGGAAGCAGCAGGAGGGGAUGUACCCAUGGCUGUGGCAGCAGCAGCAGCAGCAGCAGAAGCAGCAGCAGUGCAAGGGGGGGUGCGUGCAGGGACAGGGGAGGCGCCGGCGUCUGCGUUAGGGGGCACUCAGGCGCCGUUACAGGGGGACCUGCCUGCGGAGUUGAGAGAGGCGUGGGCGCAGAUUGCAGGCAUGCAUGAUGAGCGGUCAGUGCGUGCAUGGAACCGAAUGAUGGCUCUCCAGACUAUCAUGGGCGCAUCCUCCUCUACCUCCCUGCCUCUGCACGAAGCAAGGGACCCCUUUGGGGGUGACGUGGAGGGUGGGGAGGGAGGGGAGGAGGAGGCGAUGGAUGUUGAGGGCGCUGCUUUGUGGGCCAUGGCAAAUGAGAUGCUUCGGCACGGGCUGACUAACCCGCGGGUUCGGCAGGGUGAGUUCAUGUUUGACAGGGUUCAUGCCAACUGGGGGAGGGAGGAAAGGGGGUAG